CCCGUGGCAGCCUGGUCUAGUACCAGAUCUGGACAUUGGUGGACCUGGCUGCGGCAGGGGGUUGAAACUUAAUGAUCCUCGGGAUCUCUUACAACCCAAACCAUUCUAUAAUUCUAUUCUGUGAGUCUUACUUUAAUAACAGCUAGUAAUUCCUACUCCUUUAGGCUUUGAUUAUUUUAAAGUUGCAAAUAUUCUGUGUCUCUAAUGCAUAUUUUGAGAUUAUAUUUUUCUGUUGGGAUUUGUGUUCGCUCUUUAAAAACAUGCUAUCAGACAAUUUCCCAGUCGAAAUAAGGAAUAGGUAUGACACUAGUUCUACAGUGGCUUAUGCUGCAGAAGAAGCUUUUAUCACUGCCCCACGUAGGUGUGUGUUUUACUGUCUGAAAACAAACCAAAACUGUUUGUUUUAUAUAUAUAUAUAUACAUCUAUAUGUAUAUAUAUUUUUAGUUGGGUUGGUUUCUUUUCAGGAAUAAGAGUGCUAAACAUUAGAGUUGGUAGAAAGAGGGGAGGGUGGAGUGUGUGGCUGUUUACAGGAUGCCAGUAUGUUAGUUUGAUUUCAUUUGAUUUGUGUCCUAAUUUGCAUAGCGUAAUAUAUUAGGAUUUAUGUAGACUCAGGUUUUUCUCUGCAGAGAGCAGGUGGAGUAAACUGUUACAAGUUGAUAAAUAAGGAAAAAAUGUGUUAAUAAUGGAAGAAUUUUUGACAAAACAUAUUAUCGUUUUAGAUUUGUAAGAAGUCCUUCACUCGCAGACCUCAUUUAGAAGAGCAUAUGAUCCUUCACUCUCAGGAUAAACCAUUUAAGUGUACCUACUGUGAAGAGCACUUUAAAUCCCGAUUUGCAAGACUGAAACAUCAAGAAAAAUUCCAUCUCGGGCCUUUUCCCUGUGACAUUUGUGGGCGACAGUUUAAUGAUACAGGAAAUCUGAAACGCCACAUAGAAUGUACUCACGGAGGAAAGAGAAAAUGGACUUGUUUCAUCUGUGGGAAAUCUGUUAGGGAACGAACAACUUUGAAAGAGCAUCUGAGAAUUCACAGUGGAGAGAAGCCUCAUCUUUGCAGUAUUUGUGGGCAGAGUUUUCGUCAUGGAAGCUCUUACAGACUUCACCUAAGAGUCCAUCACGAUGACAAGAGAUACGAAUGUGAAGAAUGUGGGAAAACAUUUAUUCGGCAUGACCAUCUGACAAAACACAAAAAAAUACACUCAGGUGAAAAAGCACACCAGUGUGAAGAAUGUGGGAAAUGUUUUGGCCGUAGAGAUCACCUCACUGUUCAUUAUAAAAGUGUUCAUCUAGGAGAAAAAGUUUGGCAGAAAUAUAAAGCAACGUUUCACCAAUGUGAAGUCUGCAAGAAAGUUUUUAAAGGAAAAUCAAGUUUGGAAAUGCAUUUUAGAACACAUUCAGGUGAGAAACCAUACAAAUGUCAAAUCUGUAAUCAGUCUUUUAGAAUUAAGAAGACAUUAACAAAACACAUGGUUAUUCAUUCAGAUGCUCGGCCAUUUAAUUGCCAACACUGCAAUGCAACAUUUAAGCGAAAAGACAAGCUGAAAUACCAUAUUGAUCAUGUUCACGGAACAAAGGCAGCAGAAGAGGCACUGACAUCAUCUUCAGAAGAAAAACUAGUCUCUUUACCAGUACAAUACACUUCCGAUGACAAAGUUUAUCAAACUGAGGCUAAACAGUAUGUGGAACAGUCCAAAACAUAUCAGUCGGAAGCCAAAACUUUGUUACAGAAUGUAUCUACAGAAGUAUGCGUGCCGGUGACUCUGGUACCGGUUCAGAUGCCUGAUCCUCAAGCUGAUCUAGUACAGCAUACUACUCAGUCACAUGGCAUUCUUCCUCCACAGCACGAGCAGGCAGAUUAUCAACGUGCGACAGAUCUGUCAUUUCUAGAGAAAUAUACUCUUACUCCACAGCCUGCAAAUAUUGUUCAUCCUGUAAGACCUGAGCAAAUGUUGGAUCCUAGAGACCAGUCAUAUCUUGGAACUUUACUGGGGCUGGAUACAGCUCCUACUGUACAGAACAUUUCAAACAAUGAACAUUCGUGAUCAGAGCAUAACAUUCCACCUAAUUUACUAAGCCAUUAGCCAACAGGAGGCUGAUAUGGCAAUUAAGAUUUAUAUUUUGUAUUUUAUUUGGACUCGUGAGUCUUCUGCAUAGUUUUUGGAAAAACAGGUUUGUUUACAUGAUAUUUGAACAUUUAGGCACACUGAUGUAUACAGAGAGUGUUUCUUGUGAUUUUAAGAGUUUAUAAAAUAUUAUAGAUGGUCUUUUAAAAAUUAUGCUCUGAAAUAUCUUUUAAGGAUAGUUGCUGAGAAAAUGUAAUUAUGUACCUGCCUAUUAAUUUAAUUUUUUUUUUUGCCUUUCAGCAUCUCACUGAGUUAAAGUUAUAAGUGUAAUAGAAAGCAUACUGGAAGAAAAAGGAUUGUAUCAAAUUCAUUAGAAAUGGUAAGCGUAGGCAGUAAUACAAAACACAAACUUCAAAUUAUUUUUCGCUUGUAAAUUAAAAUUGAAUCCUCAGGCAUCUUUGGAGAGUUUUUAAAUUUCUAAAGACUCUGGAGCCAAGUUAAUGGAGGGAGCUAGAUAAUUCUGGAAAGUGAUUUAGAUAUUUCAAGAACACAAAACAGGGAACUGUAAAGAACAACGGAAGUAUAAUUAGGCUACCUACAUCUGGUCUGUUACUUUUUCUUUGGUCUUAACUAUUGACUUAUGUAUGAAGACUUAGACAAUAUUUUUGUCUAAUUUUCUGCCGUUAGCCCUAUGCAAUUUUAGUAUACAUUUUUCUUUUUCAGUCAUGUUUGUUUUCUAAAGUGUCUCCCACACUCUUAGGUUUGAAAGAAAUGUCAUGUAGCCUAAAGACAGUCAUAAAGAAUUGGCGUGAUUUAUCCUUGUUAGAGCAUCAGUUUUACCAGGAUCCCUCUUAGCAUGUUCAUUUUCAAAUUAUCUGUGAUGAAGAAAUUUAAAGACGGUUAUUUCCAGUACAGCAUUCAACUGUUUUCUUUAAAAAAGAAAUAAUCACCAAUCAUAAAUCUUUUGUGAGUUGCUAGCGAUUUUUUUUUCCACUGUCUUGUGUUGUUUAUAAAGCAAAAUCAAGCUCUAGAGAGUAUUCUAUGUCUUAGUUAUUUUUAGCUUUUUCUUUACUAGAAGUAAGGUUAAAAAAAAAUAACCUAUUUUUAACUAUAAAGUCUAGUGUAAUUUACCAUGAAAUCUAGUAUAAUUUAAGAUCAUUAAGCUCUCUAUUUUAAGCCUAAUUUAAGUUUUUCUUCUUUGUUUGUAUUGUGAAAAUUAUGCCAAAGAAGAUACUGGAUAUCAUUUUAUAACCUUCAUUAUUGCUCACAAGAAUUAUAGUCUAAGGUAAAUUUUUCCCCAGCCUCCCCAGUAAUCUGCUAUUAUUAAAUUAUUAUAUUAAAGUAUCUUUAAAGUGGGAAACUGGAUCUAUAUGAAUUAUUGUAACUGUUGGAUUUUUCCAGUGACCUGAACACAACCAAUCUGUGUUGAAAAGCUCUUUUAUCAUCCCUUUUCUGUAAACUGUAAACACUGAACUUUUCAAAUCCUAUUUAAAUACUUUGGUGUGAGAUUAUUUUAGUUCCCAUUUACUUCAGUGUUGAGCAGUUUGCAGGAGAGGGGUCAGAGCUGCCUGAAUGUUCAUACUUUGAAGCUUGUGCCCUAUCGGAUUCUUAGCACACCAAAGAUUUCUGUUAGCUGUUAAGUAGUGGCAGAGUUAUAGUAUUUUAAGUGUUACCGAUACUUAAAUAGGACUUAGCCAAAGAAGCACAAUAAAAGUCCUAAACUUUAAAAAGUUCAGUUUUUGAAACAGGACUAUGGAUGUUUAACUGUUCUAUGUUUGUAUCUCUAAAGUAAAAUUUAGAGCUGUGCUCUGGGAAUGUUCAGACUGACGUGCUGUAAAGAUAUCUGGUAAGAAUCUGAAUACUAGCAAAUAUACAGCAAUAAUGAGGCCUUUGAAUGCCACCUUCUGAAAGGACGCUAUCAAGUACUAUCCUUCCUGCUUUCUAACUCCACCUCUAUCUCCUUUCCUAAACAAACCAGUUUUCAUCUUUACACUCCAUGACUUGGAAACUACUGCUUUAUCUGUAGUUUUCAAGUUUAUAUGUACAUGUCAUAUUAGCAUGUGUUGUGAAACAUGAGUUCCAUCAUUUGUAAUUGUACGAUUAAAAGUAAACUGACAUCUGUGGGGUCAGUGCAGUUCUCAGAAUUAGAAGCCUGUUCAUUAUUUCUUGUCUCUUCUGGCCUACUACAGAAGUAGGUAUUGUAGGAUUUCGAUAAAACAAUGACUUAAAAUUGGUUGGUAACUAACUUGUUUUCUUUUGAAGUCCAGUUCUUUUGCAAGGCAUUCUAGUAAAAUACUAGAAGAGAAUUUAGAGCACGUUUACUUGAUAAUGUCCUUUUAAUUUUUUUUUUUUUGAUUGUGCCUUUUACGUAUAUUCUGAUAAUGGCUUUUUUCUGUAAUUAGUUGAUUAUUCAGAAGGAGUUAAGGUCAAUAUCUUCUGAAGAGCUUCGUGUUUUUGGAUGCCCAACAAGGAACAGAUUAUAACAAGGACUUACUUUUCAGGAAAAAACGAGCUCUGUCUUCACUGUUUGGAUGGCCAGAAAUACUAGUCAUUCCUGGAAAAAAAAAAAAAAAA